CACGUUGCUAAGCUAUGUAGUGUAGCUUAACAACCAGGGAGCCCCGUGGGCUCCUUGGAGCAACAGUGGGAGAAAUUAGAGGGAGGUAGUGAUAUUCUAUUGGAAGCAUUAGACAUUAGGCUGUCUCUGCCAAUUGAAAAUUCCCAGCUCCAGUGCAAAGAAUUAAGGAAAUCAAUGACACAUCAGUAUAGCCCCAAUAUGAGGCUUGGAGGGUAUCAGCAACUUUGAGUUCCUGUCAACCAGAUUACCUUCUUUGAAAACUGUCCUCAGGGUCUAAGCACCUCUGGAAGUGAGGUUAACAGGGUAGAACCUGAAGACCUUUUGCAGCAACAGUGGAGAGGGGCAAACCAGCACCCCAGGAACAUGAGCCUCAAAUCCCCCAUGUCUGCUGUCCCAUUUGAGAGCAAAGGCAGCCAUAUUAUGGCUAGAAAUGGAGGCUGUUUUCUAGUCCGGCACACCCCUCAUCCCAGGAGGGUCUGCCACAUAAAAGGUUUGAAUAACAUUCCCAUCUGUACCGUGAAUGAUGAUGAGAAUGCACUGGGAACAUUGUGGGGUGUUGGCCAGUUCAACCACUUAGAGAAGGAUGAGACACCAUUUGCCAAAUGCAGUAACCCACCCAGCACUGCAGCCCCGGAGAGCCCUGCCAGAGGAGUCUCAGCAGCCCUAAACAAUGUCAAGGUGCCCCCACGGCCUCAUUCUGAGCCCUGUAGAAAAAUCAAGGAGUGCUUCAAAACUUCCAGUGAGAAUCCCUUAGCAAUUCAAAAGGAAGAAAUUAAGAUAAGAAAGUCACCAUCACCUCCCAAAGCAUGCUCUACUGCUGGCUCUUGUUCUUCAGAGGUGACAAGUACCAAGACUGACGUCAAAGACAACACUGUUUGCAUACCAAACUAUCUGGAUCAGGAAAUCAAAAUUCUGGCAAAGCUCUGUAACAUUUUACGGACGGAUUCCCUGGCAGAAGUUCUCCAGUGGCUGCUUCAUGCAAGCUCAAAAGAAAAAGAGUGGAUCUCAGCUUUGAUUCAUGCUGAACUGGCUGAAAUAAACUUGUUGGCUCAACGAAGAAGCAUCUCAGCAGAACUAGCAGCAGAGGAUAAUAAGCCACCCAAAGUUAAAUCUCCCCCAUAUUCACCUGCAAAAUUGAAAGUGCUGACCAAAUCGAGGGAAGGACAUCAGCCAACCAGAGUGUCAAGUCAAGGAUCUGAAGGAAAUAAGGAAGUACCAAAAGAGGCUGAGAACAGGCCUCCAUUGUUUAUCAGAAGAAAUAAGAUGAAAAUACCUGUUGCAGACUAUUUCAGCAAACCAAAGUCUCCUCUCAGGCCUAAAACUCAGGAAAGCAUAUCAACAAAACCAAUGUCAGCAAGGAGUAUGCAACAAGGAUACAAUCCCUCUCCCCAGAGAGCAUUUUAUCCUUAAACAUUCCAAAGGUAGAAAUUAUAGACUGAGCUAUUUCUUUCACAAACAUGAGCUUCACUCCAUAAGAGUAUCAAAUUAUUUUUUAAAAAAUAUUUUGGUAUCAGAGAAUCAAUAGCUCCUCUUUAUGGUGGCACAUGUAAAUCUCAAAGCACCUGUAUAUGCUACUAAAUAAAUAUUAAUGGAGACAGUA